AUGGAUUUGAAUGCUCUUAUCCCCUGUCAAGUUCAAGGCCUCUUGGCCAAGAUCAAGCGUUAUGAAGAGCAACUUGAAGCAAGCCCUGCCGGUGAGAUCCAGCCUGUUCUGCAUGAAAGAUUGGAAACCGACGAGAAGACGAAGAGCAAGAUGGCUGAUAUCUUGUGGUCACAAUCAGCCAGUCAUGACUAUGUGAAUUCAGCCUCUCGCAACGAAUCUAGUGGGAUGAUAAUUGCUGAGAAUGGUCCCUCGCCUGGUCAACUUAGCCAAUCGUCACAAUCAAGUAUAUCGCAGGCUGAGCGAGCAUCCGGCCCGGCGUUCGAACGCCGCGUGAGAUCCCUCCUGCACAGCCAUAUAGAAUACGAUCGAGACGCUGGCGAUAAUUCCAAUGUGCAGCUGGGCUUGGACGCAAUCGAGCACCCUGAGCCUGCACCACCGAUCUGGACUUCAACGCAGGAUUUGCUUCGCAAGGCCCAUGGGAGGCCAGACUUGCCAUCUGAGCAAGACUCUCAUCGACUACUCGGCCUUUUUCUGUCAUACAUGGGCGUGAAUCAACAUUACCUCGAUCCCCGCACCUUUGUCGACACAAUGGCAGAGCUUUUUCAAAGUCCAACAAGCCGUCUUCAUCAAAUGAAGACCAUGUGGUUCAUACAGUACUUAUUAAUCAUGGCCAUGGGCAAGCUGAUGGAUACGGAUACCGAGACAUCUGGGCCUCAUCCGGGCGUCUCAUAUUUUGCCGAGGCGAUGCGACUUUUGCCUCAACAAUAUGAACUGGGGAGCCACGGCGUGAUUUCAGUCGAGAUCCUCUGCCUCGUCGCGCUUUAUCUGCAAUGGUGUGAUCGAAAGCAUGACGCAUAUCUCUACGUUGGCAACGCUGUUCGUCUAGCCAUCGCAUUGGGCUACCCGCUGCCUGCUCGAGAGCAGCAGUGUCCUCCGUCUCAAAAGGCACAUCGGAAUAGGGUCUGGUGGACAGCAUAUAUGUUGGACAGGCGCAUUGCUGCAAGUUUGGGGUUGCCUGUGGCUGCCGAUGACCGGCAAUUUGCCACGGAGCUUCCCUUGACAUCGCCUGGUUUUGCAUCGCCUGAUGCGCUUGGUAUCAAUGUUCGCAUUGCCCGCGCAACUGGCGAUAUCAUGACAUCGCUGUAUGGUAAUGCUGCAGUAACCGAAAUGGAGCUUGUCCGCAACAUUCAGGCCAUUUUAUCGUCACUGUACAAUACUGGACAUUGCAUUCCAACAGAGUAUACAGUCGAUUUCGCGUCCUCGCACCUCAUCGUGAGUAGAACAGCCGCAUCUCUGUAUUUGAUGCUUUUUCAGGCCAUUAUCCUUUGCAUCAGGCCUGUUCUUUUACAAAGAGUCAAGGAAAAGGUCAUUUCCACUCUCAAGCGAAGUCCAGUCCCCGAGGUCCCUGUCGUUAUACAUCGGUUAUGCUCUACUUGCAAAGAGUCGGCGAGUAAGAGCCUCAGGAUUGUGUCUGCGCUGAGAGAGCAACAUGAAGUUGCGCGAUUCGGGUUUUUCGACCUGGACCAGACAUUCUCUGCGGCCUUGACCGUAAUCAUGAUUGGUUUCGUCGAUGGAACCGCCUACUCCGAGGUUUCCAAGGAGCUUCAACAAGCCACCAGCGUCCUUGAGUACUUAUCCCGAGCUGGUAACAGCUCCGCUGAACAACGUCUCAUAGAGAUAAGAAAUUUCCAUGAUCACGUUUGGCCCAAGAAGUCGGCGGGACGAGACAAGACCAUGGCAUCACCAACCAAUAGAUUUGAUAACACAUUGCCGGUACUUGAACAUUCCUCGCCCGACGAGCGUCCUCGGCAAUCGACAUCUACAAGCGGAGAACCCACCAGUGCUUCGCAGGCGCCUCCUACGGGCGAUUUGGGUGUACAGUUAGAGAUUGGAGCUGACUAUGCAUUCAAUCUAGACUUGGGCGAGGAGGCUGACGGCAUAUACUCUAGUUUCCAUGAUCCACAACUUCCCUUGACAGGAGUUGAUCAUUUGGAUUGGGCAGAACUAGAGAAAGUUUUCGCAUCCACCCAAGCAUAG